AAUGAUCUGAGGAGGAGAGACACUGAGCUGAAGCAGCUUUCACACACACAGGAUCACAGCCAGUUCCUGCAGAGUUUCCAGUCUCUCUCAGCACCACCUGAACAUACAUAUGUAUAUAAUGAUCCCUUCAGUUCUCUCAUCUCUAUUGAUGGCCUGAAAGAAUCUGCCCAUCAUCUGAGAAACAAACUGGAGAAUUUCUGCAAAGAGCAGCUCAAGAAGAUCUCCGACAGAGUCACUUUCACCAACAUUGUUCCCAGAACCAGGAAUGACUUCUUACCAUAUUCCCGUCAGCUCACUCUGGAUCCGAACACAGUGAAUAAAUGCCUCCGUCUGUCUGAGAACAACAGAGUGAUCACUGGCACUCACAUCCUCCAGUCGUAUCCUGAUCAUCCAGACAGAUUUGAUGUGUAUCAUCAGGUGUUGUGUAGAGAGAGUGUGUGGGGACGCUGUUACUGGGAGCUGGAGUGGAGUGGAUGUGUUUAUAUAUCAGUGUCAUAUAAGAGCAUCAUCAGGAAGGGACGGGGUUAUGAGUGUUUGUUUGGAUCUAAUGAUCAGUCCUGGAGUUUGAUCUGCUUUCCUGACAGUUACUCAUUCAGACACAAAAACAUACAGACUGCUCUCCCUGUGAAGCCCAUCAGCAGGAGAAUAGGAGUGUCUGAUGAUGAUGAUGGUGAUGAUGAUGAUGAUGAUGUUGUGAGGAGAAUAGGAGUGUUUGUGGAUCACAGAGCAGGAACUCUGUCCUUCUACAGCGUCUCUGACACAACGAGCCUCAUCCACACAGUCCAGACCACAUUCACUCAGACGCUCUAUCCUGGGUUUUUGGUUAAUUAUAAAUCAUCAUUGGAACUGUAUCAUGGUUCAUGACUUUUCUGUGUUUUUUCACUGAAUAUUGUAAUUAGUUUUACCAAUGUUAUCUGUUAAACUCAGGACCUGGAUUAUGUUAUGGAAACAAUACGUUACAUUUUUUUCCUAUUAAUUUGUUGUGUCUCCCACAAUGCGUAAUAACAGUCAAAUGUCAUGAUAUUUUUAUGAUGCGUUCGUGUCCUUUCCAGAGCUUCCUCUUUUAUCCUCUUUUA